UUAUAUCCUCGCUCCCACGUUAAGUCGAUCAUGGCCGCUGUCAUCUGUAUUUUGAGCGUUCAAUCGGAAGGCGUUCCCUCAGUUUUUUAAUUAUCCCGUGAACUUAAUUAAUUUCGAUAUGACAUCAGUCGCCAAAUAAGCGCACGAGGAAAUGAUUGUAUUGUUGUGCCGUGUGUUUUAGUACGAUCCCGCCGGAGAAAACCGAUUUGAUGCCACUCUUCAGGCGAAAAGCAGACAAACCCCCGCAACUGAAGCCAAAAUGUGGUCCCGCAACACCUCCACCUUCGAGAGGCAUGGCAAGAAAUGGCCUUAUGUCAGCUGAUGUAGAAGUGACUCUGAUGCCACCUCCUCCAUCUCCUCCUCCCCCAGGACUACAGCAUGCUGAACAAGACUACGAUCCCCGCUUGUGCAUGCGCACAAAGUCACGCCUCUCCAAGACGCUCGAAGAAGUUCUGGCAGACAACAGUGCUAUGGCUUACUUCAUCCAGUUCAUGGAGGAAAGUGGAUCAAAAGCGCUCAUCAAAUUCUGGAUCGAGGCACAAAGCUUCCACGGGUCCUGCCUGCUGAGGACGGCAGCGAACUGCGCUUCCGCGGCGCCCAGCCGGUCGAAGUGCCAGGUUGUGGACGAGGAUGAUGAUGAUGAAGUGUUUAAGGACAGUGCGGUUGCAAGCACAGAUAAGGAGAAGUCCGCUGGCGAUUGUGCGCAGAUUCAGAGCCGGCUACCUACAUUGUUCACCGAAGAUGCUCUUGCGGAAGGCCCCGCGGGAGGACCAGUAUUACCUGUCGAACAUCCGCUUGGUGAAGAAGCCCCAAAGGAGGCCCUCAGUUCCCGAACGCAUUUUACGUGCAACUCGGCCCUCUCUGCCACUGGCAGUAAUAACGUGCACAAUUCCACGGAGACCGACACUGCUCUUGACCCUGCGGAAAGAUCCGCGGCGGAGGUUGGCGUGAGCGCUUUGGUAGAAAAUGGUUCGGAACUGAGGGCAAGUCCAGCAAGAAGAGAUAGCUUAUGCCAAGAUGCGGCUCAUAUCUUUGCCAAGUACAUAGCAAGCAAUGCUCCACUCCCCAUCGGAAUUACGGAGGACCUUCGAAACCGUAUUUCAGAGGCAAUAUCUGAAGAAAGCAUAGAUCCUGACUGUUUCCUCCCCGCACAGAAGUUUGUACUAAAGAAAAUGGAGAAAGAGGUGUUUCCAUCAUUCCUGCGGAGCCCGUACAACUGCAAGCACCAGGUGGACGUGCUGACAAGUGGGAACGUCUCGUUAGCAGACAUCCUCUACAACGACUCUGCGCUGUUCUACUUCAUGGAAUACAUGGAACAGGAACAGUCGAGGCACCUAGUAGAUUUUUUGUUGAUGGCCGACAAUUUUCGGAAGCACCUCCUAGACAAAGGUCACUAUGAUGGACUGCAGGCUCAAGACGAUGCAAUGGUCAUCUAUGACAAAUACUUUUCACUCCAAGCAACGAGUCCUCUCGGAUUCAGCGACGCAAUAAGACUGGAAGUGGAGCAAAACAUUUGCCGCGAGGAAGGUCCGCUCCCAAACUGCUUCGAGAAACCGGUCAUGAUUCUCAUGCAGCACAUGGAGAAGAACCACUUGAGGCACUUCCUGUCGAGCCAGCUAUACGUCAAGUACAUAACCGAGUGUAUACAGACGAUACAAACUGCACAAAGUGAUUCAGACUCAGUAAGGUGGAAGAAGAGAUCAGGAAGCGACAGCAGCAGUAGCGACAUGUCAGUGGCGUCUCACACCAUCAACACCCUUCUCGCCAUGGAUGGUAAACAGCCUGGAGCCAUUGGGAGUAAACGCAUCCUCAAAAACAUUGCCAGCAACGAUAUGAAAAUAGACACGGGCCAGUUUAACCCCGACUCUCUGUGGAAGAGGUCACUCGCAGGGAAACUGCAGAUGGCGUACGUGGACCAUUUGGGAAAGGUCACAACCGAGUUUGAGCCUGAACCGGACAAGAAGACAGGUUCAAAUCUCACCAAAGCGUUCAAAAAACUAGUCAACUGGGAUGUAGAUAAGUUGGUUUUGAAGACACCUUGUAUGUCUAUUGCGGAGGAAGAGCUCGCGUGGCAAGUUGCGGAGAUGAUCGUCAAGGACGUCUGCGCGGUCACUCUACACGCUGACUCUGCACUAGAUGAUAAUGGUUAAAAUUCUGACUCAAGGAGUUCAAGAUCAAAGUUUACCGAGGCUUCCACAGUGUGCAUGAAUGGUGCCAAGAUGACUGCAGUUUGUGUAGGACCUUAUUUGGUGUCCACUCGAGGACACUGUCUGGACGGAGGACAGCUCUCAUCCAGAACGUCAGGCCAACUCACAAAGAGCCGAGCUCUGCGACGCCAGAGCAGAUCCCUGAAAUGUGAUACUAGACAGUCCCGACCUCCUGCUGCAGUGACUGACAAAGCAAACGUAUUUUCGCUGGUUGAAAGUGAUUUGGGGUUCCGUUCAAAAUGAAUAAAUGUUUUUCUUUUACGCCGUGUUAAAGUGGGGAGCAGCGGAGAGAUGUGGCGAAAAUCUUACCUCAUGCAAAGAAAGAAAGGCAAGAGGUGUCGUGCCUGCUUGAGGAGCAUGGAGGGCAGUGACUAGAAAUAAGUUUGUGUGGGUUUCGGUGCCUCUUGCAAAAAAAAUCUAUACAGAUCACUAGCAACAUUUGCCGAGCAUAUCUAAGUGGUCAUGCAUAACAACAUUGCUCAACACCAUUAUUUGUUAUUUCACUGCGUAGUCAGUGCAACGCAAUACGAGUAGCAGGUGCACAUCCUACGGUGGGCAGACGUCGUGGAGCUGGGCAUUAACAAAAUACAACGAGGUAAUGUGCGAAGAACAAUACAGCAAAUAAUAUUGCUGCCAUAAGUUGUACAGUGACUUGUUAGUUCAAUUUCUCUUUUUUUUUUUUCUAUGCCAGGGUGUAUUAUAUGGGAAACAGUGUACAUAUGUAGUAUAGGUGCUAUGUGAUCAUGACCACUAGAGACAUUGUGUACUUGUUUUAUACAAUGUGCUCCAGAGAAAAUAAAUCUUACAAAAAUAUC